GAUUGUCCGCUAGAGGCGCUGCGUCUCCCUGCGUGGUUGUCAGUUUCAAGGGUUUAAUAACCAACAGAGCUACAGCUGCAUUCCCCACAACACGAGGUUAUGUCACGGAGUAACAGCUAGCGACGGGAUCCACGUUCACUCCUCCGAAUGACACCGACCGUGAAAAAGUCGUGUUCUGAGAAAAUGGACCUAAUCGACACGGGUCGGCAGUCAGAGCAUCAUAAAGAGUCGAACGACUUAAAAGAAAAAGAUCCACAGUCCCAAAAUGAUUCAGAGAAAGAAGAUGAACCUCUGUUGAGAGAGAACCCCAGACGCUUUGUCAUCUUCCCCAUUCAGUACCCGGAAAUCUGGAAGAUGUACAAGCAGGCUCAAGCCUCUUUCUGGACGGUGGAGGAGGUUGAUCUAUCCAAAGACUUGACACACUGGGACCGGUUGAAGCCUGAUGAAAAACACUUUAUCUCCCACGUCCUGGCUUUCUUCGCUGCCAGCGAUGGUAUCGUCAACGAAAACCUGGUGCAGAGGUUCAGCCAGGAAGUGCAGAUCCCCGAAGCACGCUCCUUCUACAGCUUCCAGAUCCUUAUUGAGACCGUUCACUCGGAGAUGUACAGCAUGCUCAUCAACACCUACAUCAGGGACCUGAAGGAGAGGGACUACUUGUUUAACGCCAUUCAGACCAUGCCCUGUGUCAGACGAAAGGCCGACUGGGCCCUUCAAUGGAUAAAUGACAGCAAAUCCACGUUCGGGGAGAGACUUGUGGCAUUUGCAGCUGUGGAGGGCAUCUUCUUCUCUGGCUCGUUUGCUGCUAUCUAUUGGCUGAAGAAGAGAGGCCUAAUGCCUGGCCUCACCUACUCCAAUGAGUUGAUUAGCAGAGAUGAGGGUCUGCACUGUAACUUUGCCUGCCUGCUGUACAGCUACCUGGUGAAGAAGCCUUCAGAGGACAGAGUCAAGGACAUCGUCACCAAAGCUGUUAGCAUUGAGCAGGAGUUUUUGAUGGAGGCGUUGCCAGUUGAUCUUAUUGGAAUCAACAGUUGUCUCAUGAAGCAAUACAUCGAGUUUGUGGCCGACCGGCUUCUCGCUGAUCUCGGACUGACCAAGGUUUACCAAACUGAAAAUCCAUUUGACUUCAUGGAGUCCAUUUCCCUUGAGGGGAAAACCAACUUCUUUGAGAAGCGAGUUGCAGAAUAUCAGAGAUUCGGAGUCAUGUCGAGCAUGAUGGAUGGUGAAUUCACACUAGACGCAGACUUCUGAGAACUGACAUGAGAGAUGUGAUACAUUUGUUAAUUUCUUUGUAUUUUACCUAUUUAUUUCUUUUGUUUGGACAGUUAUUGACAUAAACAAAUGGGCUUUGUUGCCCCUUUGUUGCCCCAUUUUUUGACAGUAGGAAAGAAACAGGAGCCAUUUUUAUAGAGUUACUGUGGACUUUGACCAUCACGUAGAUCUAACUAAUAGUCAGGAUUUAGUUAGACACAUAAAAGCAUCUUUUGAACAAACCUUGAACUGCUCUGCUGCUCUGAAUUUAACAGUUGUUUGGGUUUCACAAGAUCUUAAUUGGAUAUUUUAAAUGUUAAGGAAUAUAAACAUUGUAGUUAUCAGCAAACCACUAAUGUUUCACGGUUUUAAUCAGCAGGUACUACACAUGGUCAGUGGUGUCAAUAUGUGCUACCAUAAAUACACUAUGUUUAAGUCAUGAUGGCCAACUUACUAGUCUAAAGACAACUAUGCGUGUGUGUUUUUUGUUGUUUGUUUGUUUUGUGAAACUGCCUCAGAAAUUCAUCUAACAUUGUAGACAAGCAUGAAGUAUCUUUGUGACACUGGUCCCUGUUUUUUAAGUUUGUUAAAAUACAAAUUAUGUUCUGGUUUAUGGGAGUAAUUUGUCUGUUCCUCAGUGGACAGGUGAAUAAGGGUUAUAUCCAGAAUCUUGUGUCUUUUGCAGCCAUUCUAAUGUACAAUACGAAUUUAGUAAAAAAUGUCAUUAUUUUUUAUUAA